UUAUAUAGAACUGUGUUAAUAAGAUAUGACAUCUGGUAGCAAGGAAGGUCCGUCUCGGCUAUUGAAUAUGGCCUUAGACCAGGUGAAUAGCAAUAGUCGAGAGAUAAAUAAAAAGUCAAGAUAUCAUGAUCGCCGUAAACCAUAUAACAACGAUCGAAGAAGGGUGAAUUAUCGAGAUAGAUCUCGUGAUCGUAGCAGUCGUGAUAGGUACAACUCUUCAUCGCAUCGUGACCGUUAUUCCCGCAAGUACAUUCUCAAAGUGUCCAACCUGGAUCAUACUAUCACAAGAGAACAUUUGAAGGAACUUUUCUCAGAAGUAGGUAAAGUCGAGAAGACAUGGAUCGACUAUGAUCGCACUGCCCGUUCAAAGGGUACUGGUGGAUGUAUAUUUAAGUCAUCUUCAGACGGUGAAAAGGCAGUUUCUCGCUUCGAUGGUCAUGAAAUUGACGGUCGAAUUAUGGAAGUUAAAGGCGAAUACCAAGAUAUGUCCGCUUCGCGACCCAAGUUUAAAGCUAAUCGUAGAAACAAUCACUGUGUAAGAGCUCCUUGGUAAAAUAUCGGUAAACGG